UGGCGCCAGAGGAAAAGGAAGUGAAGAGGACUGCGGACCCACGUGGGUUCUGCGCGUGUUUCUGCGUCCCUGGAAGCCAGUCUUUUAAGCUUAGUCGACAUGGGUCGCUCAGGGAAGUUGCCUUCUGGUGUCUCUGCCAAGUUGAAACGCUGGAAGAAAGGCCAUAGCAGCGACAGCAACCCCACCAUCUGCCGCCACCGCCAGGCCGCCCGCAGCCGCUUCUUCAGCCGGCCCUCAGGAAAGAGCGACCUAACAGUUGAUGCUGUAAAGCUGCAUAAUGAGUUGCAGUCAGGAGCCCUGCGCCUGGGCAAAAGUGAAGCCUCUGAAAUGGCUGUGGAAGAAGAGGACGCGCCGGCUCUCACGGAGAAGUCUUCGGCCACCUUCCUCAGUGGCCUCUCCGACUGCACCAAUGUCACCUUUAGCAAAGUGCAGCGCUUCUGGGAUUCCAACUCUGCUGCUCAUAAGGAGAUCUGUGCUGUUUUGGCUGCUGUCACUGAGGUGAUUCGCUCACAGGGAGGGAAGGAGACGGAGACUGAGUACUUUGCAGCACUGGUCCUCUCGUGCAUGGCCACCCUUCUGCGGAAGCAGGACCUGGAGGCCUGGGGCUACCCUGUGACCCUGCAGGUGUACCAUGGACUGCUGAGUUUCACUGUGCACGCCAAGCCCAAGAUCCGGAAAGCUGCCCAGCAUGGAGUGUGCUCAGUCCUCAAGGGCAGUGAAUUCAUGUUUGGUGAGAAGGCCCCUGCCCAUCAUCCUGCUGCCAUUUCCACUGCCAAGUUCUGCAUCCAGGAAAUUGAGAAGUCUGGAGGCUCCAAGGAGGCCACCACCACACUGCACAUGCUGACACUGCUGAAGGACCUGCUGCCCUGCUUCCCGGAAGGCUUGGUGAAGAGCUGCAGUGAGACUCUCCUCAGGGUCAUGACCUUGAGCCAUGUGCUAGUGACAGCGUGUGCCAUGCAGGCCUUUCACAGCCUCUUCCAUGCCAAGCCUGGCCCAGGUACCUUGCCUGCAGAGCUCAAUGCCCAGAUCAUCACGGCCUUAUAUGACUAUGUUCCCAGUGAGAAUGACUUACAACCCCUGCUGGCCUGGCUGAAGGUCAUGGAGAAAGCCCACAUCAACCUGGUCAGACUGCAGCGGGACCUGGGACUGGGCCACCUCCCUCGCUUUUUUGGAACUGCGACGACAUGCCUCCUCUCCCCCCACUCACAGGUCGUGACAGCUGCCACCCAGAGCCUCCAGGAGACCCUGAAGGAAUGUGUUGCUCCCCACAUGGCCGACAUUGGCUUCGUGACCACCUCAGCCUCAGGCCCUGCCCAGUAUGUUGCCAAGAUGUUCAGGGCAGUGGAGGAGGGCCUGACGUACAAAUUCCAUGCAGCAUGGAGCUCUGUGUUGCAAUUACUGUGUGUCUUCUUCGAGGCAUGUGGGAGGCAGGCCCAUCCUGUGAUGAAGAAGUGCCUCCAGUCCCUGUGUGACCUGCGCCUCUCCCCACAUUUUCCCCACACAGCAGCUCUGGACCAGGCAGUGGGGGCUGCAGUGGCCAGCAUGGGACCUGAGGUGGUUUUGCAGGCUGUGCCUCUGGAAAUUGAUGGCUCUGAAGAGACUCUGGACUUCCCACGGAGCUGGCUGCUGCCCGUCAUCCGGGACAAUGUCCGGGAAACACGACUUGGUUUCUUCACUGCCUACUUCUUGCCCCUGGCUACCACUCUGAAAAGCAAAGCAAUGGACCUGGCCCAGGCGGGCAGCACGGUAGAGUCCAAGAUCUAUGACACACUACAGUGGCAGAUCUGGACCCUUCUGCCUGGUUUCUGCACAAGGCCCACAGAUGUGGCCACCUCCUUCAAAGGGCUGGCGCGGACAUUGGGUACAGCUAUCAGUGAGCGCCCAGACCUGAGAGUCACCGUGUGCCAGGCCCUGCGCACCCUCAUCACCAAGGGCUGUGAAGCAGAGGCUGACCGUGCCGAAGUGAGCCGCUUUGCCAAGAACUUUCUGCCAAUCCUCUUUAACCUGUAUGGGCAGCCUGUCGCAGCUGGGGACACCCCAGCCCCUCGCCGGGCUGUUCUGGAAACCAUCAAAACUUAUCUCACCAUUACCGAGCCUCAGUUGGCGAAUGGUUUCCUGGAAAAAGCCAGUGAGAAGGUGCUCGACCCUGCUAGCUCUGACUUCACCAGAUUGUCUGUCCUGGACCUGGUUGUCGCCUUGGCUCCUCAUGUAGAUGAAGCUGCCAUCAGCAAGCUGUACUCCAACAUCAGGCCCUACUUAGAGAGCAAGGCCCAUGGAGUACAGAAGAAGGCCUACCGUGUGCUGGAGGAGGUGUGUGCUAGUCCCCAGGGCCCCGGGGCCCACUUCGUGCAGAGCCACCUAGACGACUUGAAGAAGACUCUGCUGGACUCUCUGCGGACAACUUCCUCGCCUGCCAAGAGGCCCCGUUUGAAAUGCCUCAUACAUAUUGUGAAGAAGCUCACAGCGGAGCAUGAGGAGUUCAUCACAGCCCUUGUCCCGGAGGUGAUCCUGUGUACCAAAGAGGUGUCAGUGGGUGCUCGGAAGAAUGCUUUUGCCCUGCUGGUGGAAAUGGGCCACGCUUUCCUUCGGUUUGGGCCGAGCCAAGAAGAGGCCCUGCAGCGCUACCUCAUCCUGAUCUACCCCGGCCUCGUGGGUGCUGUCACGAUGGUCAGCUGUAGCAUCCUGGCCCUGACCCACCUUCUUUUUGAGUUUAAAGGUCUGAUGGGGACCAGCACGGUAGAGCAGCUGCUGGAAAAUGUGUGCCUGCUCCUAGCCUCCCGCACACGUGACGUGGUCAAAUCAGCGCUGGGCUUUAUCAAGGUGGCAGUGGUUGUCAUGGAUGUGGCACACCUGGCCAAGCAUGUACAGCUGGUGAUGGAAGCCAUCGGGAAGCUAUCAGACGAUAUGCGGCGGCACUUCCGCAUGAAGCUUCGGAACCUGUUCACCAAGUUCAUCCGCAAGUUUGGGUUUGAGCUAGUGAAGGGGCUGCUGCCUGAGGAGUACCACAAAGUCCUGGUCAACAUCCGGAAAGCUGAGGCCCGUGCCAAGAGGCACCGUGCUCUGAGCCAGGCUGAGGAGGAAGAGGAAGAAGAGGAGGAGGAGCCUGCCCAGGGCAAAGGUGACAGCAUUGAGGAGAUUUUGGCUGACUCUGAGGAUGAGGACAAUGAGGAGGAGGAAAGGAGCCGGGGCAAGGAGCAGCGGAGGCUGACCCGGCAGAAGAGCCGGGCAUGGCUGAAGGAAGGUGGCGGGGAUGAGCCCCUCAACUUCCUGGACCCCAAGGUGGCCCAGCGAGUCCUAGCCACACAGCCUGGGCCUGGGCGAGGCAAAAAGAAGGACCAUGGCUUCAAAGUGAGCUCCGAUGGCCGGCUGAUCAUCCGGGAGGAGGACGAGGACACUGCCACCAGCAAGAUGGAGGAAGAGGAAGGCACUAAAGGGGAGGAUGAAGAGAUGGCUGACCUCAUGGAAGACUUGGGUGUCAGAAGUAAAAAACACCAGAAGCUCAAGCAUCAGAAAGAGGCUGACGAGGAGGAGCUGGAGAUGCCCCCUCAGUACCAAGCUGGAGGAUCUGGCAUCCAUCGCCCUGUGGCCAAGAAGACUACACCUGGGGCUGAAUAUAAGGCCAAGAAAGCAAAGGGUGACGUGAAGAAGAAAGGUCGGCUGGACCCCUAUGCCUACAUACCCCUCAACAGAACAAAACUCAGCCGCAGGAAGAAGGUGAAGCUGCAGGGACAGUUCAAAGGCCUGGUGAAAGCUGCUCAGCGAGGAUCCCAGGUGGGACACAAGCUCCGCAGAAAGGAUCGGCGGCGUUCCUGAACCCCAGAGCUGCUCUGCGGCCCAGCCUGAGGCUUCUUUUUAGCCCCCAGGCUGCCUUGACACCAGCUCCAGAUGCUUCAGUCUCUGGCAGAUCCUGGACUCAAUGAUUUGUUGGAACUAGGGCUUGGCUCCCACAGGCACUCAGGACUUUAGAAGCUCCAAAAAAGAAUCACCUUUGGAAACUCCAAACAGGAAUCACCUUUUAGAGAUUUUCCUGGGGCCUGAAGAUGGGAGUGUGGUCUCAGUGCCUCUGAGUAGGCCAGUGAGGCAGCUGUGCUUUAUGCCCAGCGUACCCAUGUGCAACAAUAGAUGGUUUUCCAUUUCCUCCAGCUGCUGGUAGCCACAUGCAUUCUCGGCCUAGCUGUCGUCUGGGUGUGUGAGAUUUGCUGUGACCAGAUGUAGAAUAAACAUGCACCACCAUGCAUUGUUCCUAGAAACAUGUGUUUCAUCACCUGCCCCCUUCAGGGACAAGAACAGUGUCUGGUCGUUGGCAACAGUGGCUUGACCCCUUCAUCUCCAAUCCUGGCACCCACUCUGGGGCAUAGCAUGAUAGCCCUAAGUCAGGCUUUAGAUCUUGCUCAGGGACAGAAGUGAUGAGGUCUCUCUGACUUCUCUUUACAAUCCCAGUCAAAGUGAUGUUUGGAGAAUCAGGAGGGGCAGUGAAUGUUCCAGGGCUGAUCUGUGGAGCUAUGGUUGAACACCAGGGACUCAGACUGAAAAAGGGAGCUGCAGCACAGGCAGGUGUCUCCCAGCUGCUUUUUUCAUUGAUUGAACAGUGUUUACCGAGUCCCUCCAUCUGCCAAGCACAGCCUGAUCACCCACCUGCUCAACUCUCACUGUCUCUUUUUCCCAGACAAGUAGAUCAAAUCGUAUGGUACAAAGAGCAAUGUGAUUCCCACUGUCCAGCUUUGUUGGUCUGGAGCAGAGAAGGGAGUGGUGUAGACCUCCCAUUGCUCUUCAUAUCACUUGUCCCAUCAGCCCAGAGUGAUGCCAGUAGGCAUCAAGAAGCAAAGAACCCACAGGUAUUCCACACCCCCAAAUAUGAGGAAUUGUGCUUUGUCUCCUGGCAUUUGAUCGAUAGCUUUUCUCUUCUCAGAAUCUCCCCAUUUGAAAUGUGACUCUCCUCCACACACACUUCUUAGUAGUUUCCAUUCCAGUUUAAUGCCCAUGGUUCUGAUAAUGACCCCAGGAGUCCUUGUACACCAUUCCAGUCAUUCUCUAAGGGAACUUAAGUCUUGACUUGAUCCAUUGUCCCCAAAUUAGGGCAUUUCCUCCUGAUUUGGGGCUAGGAAGCUGAGAGGAACCACACUUAGCCCAGAGGUGGCGCUGUUCGCAUGCCUUUCUCACAGAAAGUCUGGAUUUGGGAGAGCAAGCUAAAAAGGUAGUCAGAAGAGGUGGCUAUUAGAGAUUUGCAAAGGUGUUCCAACUGACCCUCAUCAUUACACUUCUGGGCACAAGGUGGGUCAAAUUAAACCUGCAGCCCUUUCCUAUUUCUCAGGAAGUUUAACCACAGGCAGUAGGAAGUUUCAUGUAAAUGAGGUAUGGAUAUGUGCCAAUUGCCCAGUGUUGACAUCUUUUAAAAAAAUGUUUGAAGCCAAUUUGCUUAUUAUAGUGUAUUUUCCAAGGAGCUUUGUUUUCUUUCAAAGGUGGGAGGGGCAGGUAACCUAGAAAGGUUGGUGUUAGUGAUGUGAACCCCUUAUUCUUUUGGAAGUAGACUUUAAAUGCAAAUUAUCUUUAUGCAGAGGCAAGGGUUAAUCUGCCCCAGAAACUUCAGGUGUUUGAAACAUGUUAUGAAAGUUCUGCUUUUGUUUCAACCAUGGGUGUAAAGGAGAAUCAGGAGUGUUCAUCAAUGCAAGGUUCAUUCAGUUUCAGGGCAACUGGAAUGGUUGAGUGCCUCCACCAAGAUCCAGAUUUACUCCUUUAAUUUCAUUGUGCUUUUGGUAGUGUCCGAAUCUGAGACUUCUUCUGGCUUUCUUUUCUGGAGUCCAUCCUCUACUCAUUCUCAGAAAUGGAAGACAGAACAUAACCUUCCUGACUGCACCAGAACAGCAACCCUUGUGUUGGCCAAGGAUUUGGUCACACUGGGGAUUUGCAAAGGCAGUUUGCUCUUGACACUUCAAGACACAGGUGGGUCAGGUUAAACAAACCCUACCCCAGGCACCAGGCAACAGGCCUUCAGGUAACUCCUCACAGUUCAUUCCUGGCAGUGGCUGUCUUAUUAGGUCUACUAUCUUAUUUGAAAGCCUGCCUCAAUCCACAUGCUUAAUCAUGAUUUUUCUGUAUUGUUUGCAACAUGCAAGGAAAUUAGUUAAAACAUUCACGUAGUCUCUAAUUUCAUUAUUCUCAGUUGCAUGUGUUUCUUUAAAGGGUAACUUAGAAUAUUAGAAUGUAGUCUAUGUUUCACUAUAAAAGUAAUAAAGAUUUACAGAACAUUUGGAGAAAACAAAAGUAAAAGCAAGGGCUAGAAUCGUACCAUAUCUCAUUGUUAACCCUGUAUAUUUCAUCUCUUUUUUUUUCCUACAUGCAGGACUUUUUUUGAUACAAAAAUAGAAUUUUAAAAUACAAGUUUAUAUUCUAAAUUUAUACUUGACUACCACAAAGUGUUUACUCUAAUAAUGUACACACUUCAAAAACAUUGUUUUCACUGGCCUGGCUUAAACAUCUGUCCUGUGGACCUGGCUCAAUUUAUUUACAAAGGAUCUUUGAGUCCAUAAGUAUGUUGCUUCUUGGUGCAUGCAGAAGUUUAAAGCCAUCACUAGAUGUUGGAUCAUGUGCAAAGCAAUAUUUAAAAAAUGACAUGACUUUUUUC